AUGGCAUUCGGUGAUUAUCCUCCUGAGUAUAAUCCAAAAAUUCAUGGAGUUUACGAUCCAGCACGGUACUAUGGAAAACUUUUUCACAUUUGUCAACACAAAUUCAUAUUUCUCAAUUCAGCUGAUACUCCUUUCGGUCAAUUAAAACUUGGUGAGGUUUUAGAUUGGUUUAAACGACGAAAUAAGACACCAAGCGCUUUCAUUGGAGCUUGCAGCCGAGGAUAUUGGCGAUGGCAACACAAAUAUUGCCAACCGAAACGCGCUGGAAUUGUUCCAUUUUGUCACACUAUGGGCUGCUCAAUGCUUUUUCUCUACAUAGUCAAUUAUGGAAAUAUAAAACUCCAUAGAAACUAUAAAUACCACUAAGGAUUUCUGAAUUCACCUUCAUUAAGUUCAGUUCCCAGUUUUAGACAAAUUGAGUCCUACAAAAUUAAUUAUAUAGAAAAACAAAAAAAUUUCAUUAAAAUUUCAUUGAUAUCAAAACAUCGAACGUUGGCCUAUGUAAAUUUAAAACUUAACACAAAUUUAAAUAGGACAAUUUCUCCUGUACGAUUCCCUUUGAUAAUAACAGACAAUUUAGUUUUAUGACAGCACAUUGAAAAAUAACUCAUCGCCAUGUCAACGAAUGGUCACCAUGAUCCCAUCAAUUGUUUCUAAAUUAUUC